CUCAUCAAGCCUUUGGGAUCCUUGGCAUGCACAUCGGAAGUACAAGCCCGAUGGGCCACAAGAGUCCUGAAGGGCUUGAAUAAACUACCAUCAGCAGAGGCCAUGAGAGAAGACAUUAGCAAAAGGAAAGCCAAUAAAGCCACCGGGUUUGGUUUAUACUUCAAACUGGUUUUGCAAACAGAUCGUGUCGUAUACCUAGAUGAACUCUUGUCCUUCAUCGAUGCAAAGCCCAACUUGUUAUCUCUGCUCCUGGUGGACCCACUACUGGCUUUUAAGGUUUUCUUCGGCCCACUUACCCCAUACCAGUACCGUCUGACUGGCCCAGGGAAGUGGGAUGGAGCCAGGAAUGCCAUUCUGACCCAGUGGGACCGGACAAUCAAGCCAACAAAAACUCGAGUUGUACAAGAGCCUCCAGAUACUUUUUCCCACCUACUCAAAGUCUUCAGCUUUUUGGCUCUAUUUGUUGCUAUAUUUCUUAUUUUCCAAUAGCUGAAGCCCUUGGUUCCUCAGAACAAAUGCACAGGGUAGAUCCUCCAUUAGAGCAGUGCCUUCAUUCCUGGGGUCUUUCUCAGAAUAACUAACUUGGGGCAGCUAGGAGGUGCAGUGGCCCCGGAUUCAGGAGGACCUGAGUUCAAAUCCGGUCUCAGACACGUAAC